CUCCUUGCAGAGAUCAGCUAGGCGCCAGCCGAUCCAAACCUUUUGGAAGGCUUAUGUGCACAAUUUUACAUCUAGCUAACUGGUGAAGUAUUUCUCAAGUGAAAGAAUGUGCAUGCAAUCUAGUCAUCUAUUGUUGAAUGACGUCAAACACCUCAUUGAAGAAUCCAGUAUAUAUGCCGCGUUCAUGUACUAGUCGGAACUAGGAAACUCAGAAAUUCCAAAUUUGAUAAUUGGUUCGGCUCCGGAGUGGCCCAGCGGUCAAUGGCUCUGUAUCACAACCGGCCGAGAUUGGGAGUCUCAUACUGUAGUGCGGCGCACAAUUGGCCCAGCGUCAUCCAGUUUAGGAUUUAGCCAGGGUAGGCGGUCAUUGUAAAUACAAAUGUGUUCUUAACUGGUGUCCCUAGUUCAAUUAAAAACACGGCAGGUGUAUAAAUACAACCAAUUAGCAAGUCGUACAUUUCCGAGUUCUGACUAGCACAUGAAACUAGCAAUAGUUUCACUUCUACUAGAAGUACUGUUGAGCAAUCAUCGAGAGGGAAGCAUGCUCCAGGCUUUAUGCUUGUGGGACAUUUUCGAUUGUAGUUAAUCAAGCUGCCUCAUUCAACGAUUUAGCAAAUCAAAAAAGUCAGAGUUUUCUAGUUCCGACUACUAUUUGAACGCAGCAAUAGACUUCGGCGGCUGAACUUUGACUGGCUUCAAGAAGAAAACGAACAAAAACGUCACAAAAUGUUGUUAUAUGCCCGAACUGUUUCGAGAUGACGACAAGCCACCACCUACCUUCCUGUGCGUGCUUGAUAAAAUCUCUUCUGUGGAGAUUUGGUUCCAAAUAUUGAUUCCUCCAGCAGACCUGACCUUUAGUGUGAAGUUCGGAAAAGGACAUCAAACAAAGACUGUGGAGGGAAACACCAUACUAAAACUUCUGGAUCCCAGGCUACAAAAUAAGUUCUGACUUCUAUCAUGGAGGUGCCCCAUAUGAACAAUAGUAGUCAUCACGCCUGGUGGAAAGAGAUGCCAUGGGGCGACACAGACGAGUGCCCCACCUCCAUGAGUGGCACAACCUUCCUGAUAGUUGCCUACAGCGCACUGAUUGGGGUGGGCCUUAUCGGUAACAUCUGCCUGGUGUUUGUCAUCACACGGCAGAAGGAGAUGAGGAAUGUCACCAACAUAUUCAUCGCCAACCUGUCAAUUUCUGACAUCCUCAUGUGCAUCGUGUGCCUGCCGGUCACCAUCAUCUACACCCUAAUGGAUCGCUGGAUCUUGGGGGAGGCACUCUGUAAGGUCACACCCUUUGUCCAGUGCAUCUCUGUCACAGUCUCUGUCUUCUCCCUGGUCCUCAUAGCCAUGGAGCGCCACCAACUCAUCAUCCACCCCACUGGAUGGAAGCCUGUUGUGGGCCACUCCUACCUGGCUGUAGCCAUCACCUGGAUGGUGGCCUGCUUCAUCUCUCUGCCUUUCUUCUCCUUCAACGUUCUCACCAACAGUCCUUUCCAGAACAUUAGCCUCCCCUUCAAUCCCUUCACUGACCACUUCAUCUGUAUGGAGCGGUGGCCCUCAGAGCACAAACGACUGGCCUACACCACCUCCCUGCUGCUCUUCCAGUACUGCCUUCCCGUCAUCCUCAUCCUGGUCUGCUACUUGCGCAUCUUCCUGCGUCUCAGACGGAGAAAAUACAUGGUGGAGCGAACCAGGGACAACCGCCAGAAGAAGGCCAAGGGGUCAAAGAGGAUCAAUGCCAUGUUGGCCUCCAUCGUGGCAGUGUUUGCCCUCUGCUGGCUCCCGCUCAACAUCUUCAACACCGUGUUUGACUGGAAUCACCAGGCCAUCCCAUCCUGCCAGCAUGACAUCAUCUUCUCUGCCUGCCACCUCACAGCCAUGGCCUCUACUUGUGUCAACCCCAUCAUCUAUGGCUUUCUCAACAGUAACUUCCAGAAAGAGCUCAAAUCUACCCUAUACCGCUGCCGCUGCUGGGGGGCACCAGAGAGUUAUGAGAGCUUCCCUCUCUCUAUUGUCAGCACAGAAGUCACUAAGGGGUCAAUCUUGAGCAAAGGAUCGAUCAGCAUGAAUGUAUAGUCCCAACCCAUUCAGAUAGGGAGAGCGAAAGUAUAGAACUUGUCAUUGUCUUGACCAUGCAUUGAAGGUUGUCUUGCUGAGAUUUUUGCUGGAGCAAGGGUUGACAGAGGUUGUUCAAAUGAUUCACAUGUCAAUGUUUUUUUGUUUCUUAGAAAUCAAUGGUUGACCUCUUCAGUGGGAAUGGAGAGAAACGUGAAAGUAAGAACACUGUGCCCCAACAGUCAUUUUACAGUGUUUUCAAUUAGGUAUGUGUUUUUACACCUUAGAGGAAGUCUGAUUUUAUGACGGUGCAAAGGUCUUCUUCACUGCAAGCACUGGAGUAAAAGGUGUGCUUAACACCAACAUAAUAUUGCAAUGUAUUAUUUGGGUCUCUACAGAGCAGUAAUAUUCAAAGUUGGGGUGGGGUUGCGGGAUUUAAAAAAAAAUGCAACAAAUGUACAAUUAAUUUAUAGGACAAAAUGUAUGCAUGCAUGA